AUGAUCGCCUUGCUCCUGUGUUGUGCUGCUGUGCUUUGGUACUUAACUUUUAGGCAGAAGAGGAAACGCCUUUACGAGUUGGCUGCUCGUAUUCCCGAGCCGAAAACAAAGUAUCCGUUUAUUGGUGUGGUGCAAUACACGAUAAACAACAAUGACUUGCCAUCAAGUUUAUCAGAUGCAAACGACACCGAGUUUAUUCUAAAGAAAAGGCUAGAUAAGCCGAACCUUCUUUGGCUGCUUCGGACCGUCAUUGGUAACGCAGGAAUUUUUGCGCCAGUAUCCAUAUGGACAAGGCGUAGAAAGUUAACAGUUCCAGCAUUUAGUCCGAAGAUUAUCAACAGCUACAUCGAUAUUCUGAUUCAAAGAAGUGAUAAUUUAAGCGAACGGCUCUCACUUGCUAACCGCGUUGGGACUGGACCGUUCCAAGCUUGGUCGCAUAUAUUUGAAUACAGCAUAGAAGUGUUGUUUGAGACUGCAUUCGGCAUUGACGACAACACUUUGAUCAAACAGAAAAAACACGACUUUCUACAAAAGUCCACAGAUAUAAUGGAUCUUGUUACUCACAGAGCUUUUCGAAUCUGGUAUUGGUCUGACUUCAUUUAUAAAUUCACCGAUGCUUAUAGGAAAUUUGUGGACGCUAAAAAAUUUACAUAUGAUUUCACGGAUGAGAUUAUCCAAAGAAAGCGGAAAGUCUUAGAAAACAUUGCAGAUGAGACAGAAAUACAAAAUGGUGAAAGCGUCAAAACUGUUAGAUGUUUCCUUGACCACCUUAUCUUACUGUCUAGAAGAGAUGGCAUAACUGACAUUGAAUUAAGGGAGGAGGUCUUGACAUUCCUGUUUGCUGGGACGGACACUUCAUCAGUCGCUAUUUGUAAUACCUUAAAACUUUUAGCUAAAUAUCCAAAGGUCCAAGAAAAACUUUACCAAGAGAUUAUAGAAGUUCUAGGCGAUCCUACAAGAACUCUAACCAAAGAUGAUCUUCAAGAACUCAAAUACCUCGAAAGAGUUAUAAAGGAAUCGCUUCGUCUCUUUCCCCCUGUACCAUUUAUCAUGAGAGAGGUUCUCGAGGAGACUGAACUGCCGUCAGGAACAAUUUUGCCAAAUGGAACCAACAUGUUUAUCAGCUUGUGGGCCAUCGGUCGUGAUCCUUCACAAUGGGGUGCAGAUGCAGAUUGCUUUGAUCCGGACAGAUUCCUCCCAGAUCGGAAGACUGGUCUCUUUAUACCUUUCAGCUAUGGUCCAAGAAAUUGUAUAGGUUACCAAUUUGCUUUUAUGUCAAUAAAACUGGCGCUGAUAGCAAUUGUACGUAAAUUUAGAGUAACUGGUGAAGAAGAGAAUGGUCCCAUUCCACAUAUGGAGUGUAUUUACAACAUCAUGAUGAAGGCAAAAGAUGGCUACGAGAUAGGGUUGGAGAUGCGAUAG